CCUGUUCGCUCACCUGUGCCCUCUUCUCUCUUGUUCAGGACACAGAAGUUUUGAACACCGCCAUUCUCACAGGAAAGCCUGUCUCGGUUCCCGUCAAGGUCGUGGGGGUUCAAGAAGACGGAUCCGUAGUGGACGUGUUGGAGGCUGUAGAAUGCAGGUCGGCUGAUGAAGAUGUCGUGAAGGUCUCCAACACCUGUGAUUCUAUCUUUGUGAAUGGGAAGGAGAUGAAGAGUAAAGUGGGCACCAUCGUGAACUUCACCCACCAGCACUUCACCUCCCAGGUGGAGAUCACCGUCUGGGUGCCCCGCCUGCCGCUGCAGAUAGAGAUCUCAGACACGGAGCUGAGCCAGAUCAAGGGCUGGAGGAUCCCGGUGGCCGCCAACAGGAGGCCCACCCGGGAGAGUGAUGAUGAGGAAGAUGAGGAGAAGAAAGGGCGAGGGUGCACUCUGCAGUACCAGCAUGCCCUGGUGCGGGUUCUCACUCAGUUUGUAACCGAGUCACCUGACCUGGGUCAGCUGACCUACAUGCUGGGUCCCGACUGGCAGUUUGACAUCACCGACCUUGUGACCGAGUUUGUGAAGGUGGAGGAACCAAAAAUUGCCGAGUUACAGGAUGGCAGGAUCCUGGCAGGGCGGGAGCCGGGCAUCACUACUGUGCAGGUCCUCUCACCUCUUUCUGACUCCAUCCUGGCUGAGAAGACAGUUAUUGUCCUGGAUGACCGUGUCACCAUCACAGAGCUGGGUGUGCAACUGGUGGCUGGCCUGUCCCUUUCCCUGCAGCCUCACAAGGCAGACAAGAGGGCCAUCGUCUCUACAGUGGCUGCUCAGGAUGUGCUCCAAGCCCCACAGCAGGAGGCCAUCGUCAGUUCCUGGAUUUUGUUCAGCGAUGGCUCAGUGACACCUUUAGACAUUUACGAUCCCAAGGAUUUCUCAAUGACCGUUUCCUCCUUGGACGAAAUGGUGGUAUCCGUCCAGCCAAACCUUCAGACCAGAUGGCCAAUCGUCGUUGCUGAGGGUGAAGGACAGGGUCCCCUAAUCAAGCUAGAAAUGUCGAUCAGUGAAUCUUGUCAGAAGAACAAGAGGAAGAGUACUCUCGCCGUGGGUAAAGGAAACGUCAAGGUCAGAUUUGAACCUGGGAUGCACGGGCACCAAGGAGGUGGCAAUGAUAUCGAAGGCGUAAACCGGGAAUACAAAGGCCACCUCAGCAACUCCAUAGAGCGCGAGGGAAGCCAGGAGCGAGCAGCCCAGGAGUGGUCCCAACACGGCGCCCCAGUUGGCCACGAGGACAGGACCAACAAAAGCACAACCCCACAGUCUCCUAUGGGAGGAAAGCUACUCAAAGGUGGGGCAGAUGCCUUCACAAGCUUCCCCACUCAAGGGAAGUUACCAGAACCCAAUAACCCUGGUGACCUCACGAUGACCUCCAGGGGGUUAACGGAUUUGGAGAUUGGCAUGUAUGCCCUGCUCUGUGUCUUCUGUCUGGCCAUCUUGGUCUUCCUGAUCAACUGCGUGGCCUUUGCUUGGAAGUAUAGACACAAAAGGUUUGCAGUAAGUGAGCAAGGCAACAUCCCCCAUUCCCACGACUGGGUGUGGCUUGGGAAUGAGGUAGAACUUCUGGAGAACCCCGUGGACAUCACUCUCCCCUCGGAGGAGUGCACAACCAUGAUUGACAGGGGCCUGCAGUUCGAGGAGAGGAACUUCCUGCUGAAUGGCAAUUCCCAGAAGACUUUUCAUAGUCAGCUGCUUAGGCCUCCUGACUAUGUGUACGAGAAAGAGCUGAAAAACGAACCUAUGGGUUCCUCCGGCCCAAAGAGGAAGAGAGUCAAGUUUACUUCCUACACCACCAUCCUCCCUGAGGAUGGGGGCCCGUACACCAACUCCAUCCUGUUUGACAGCGAUGACAGCAUCAAGUGGGUCUGCCAGGAUAUGGGGCUGGGGGACUCACAGGACUUCAGAGACUAUAUGGAAAGACUGCAGGACCAGAUGUAAAGUCCUUUCUUAAGUUCGUAUUCACCUUUAUGCCUUCUGUUUUCUGAACGGUGGAGCAGUGAGUCUGAUCAGCAAUAGGGGGUGACUCAACAAAGUGUCAGGGUAGGGGUCUGGAGGGAUCCCUCUCUAAGUGGGUAUCAGCCGUCUGGAGAGCUGGGUGAUGUCUGCAAAACAGUAGCUCCCAGGGAUGGGAGGCAUUCAGAGGCAGCAGCCUAGCAGUAGACACGACCCCACAGACACUGUUGGUCACCUCAUGACCAAUGGCCGUGUGUAAUUAGGGAUGUUCCGGAUGGUGAUUUUUCUAUUCCUAGCCCUUUUAAAGCACAGUGGACACUCAUUGCGCGUGGCCUGAGUUCGGAUCUCCAUGGCGGAAGAUGACUGAAUGUAGCUUCCUUAGUUGUCAGGAGUGAGGCUCAUUAUUUUUAUAUACAUUUGGACUCGCACCUGUUCUUUUGACCUUACAUUUUUUGAGGGAGAGGGGUUGUUUCAGAAACACAUAAAGAAGAAUUAUGUUUGUUGUUCCUAUGAGUUUUGUUCACUGGGGCUCAUCACGUCCUGACAUUGCUGGGUCUCGACGCAGGAUGUCAUUUUUUUUUUUUUAAAACUUUGUUGCUGGGGAUGGUGUUUAAGCAACAUAUUCUUAUGCUUUGUCUCCUUCUUCUUGCCAUUGGACUUUGUUAUCUAUCUCGGCGACAGGGAUCUCACUGGAGACCCAGAAGAGAGAUUUUUUUUUCUUUUUAAAAUCAUUUUCCACAUGAAGUUUAACCAAUUUGGAGAAGAGUUGUGUCACAAGCA